UCUCUGUGCCAAAUAGUCUAGUGUACUCGAAGGGGCAGCACGUGCUUCCUUCACUCCACUCCGCAUCCUCCUCACCUCCCCCCCAUAAUUUUAUUUUUAUUAUCAUUCAUCUAUUAUUACCAGUAUUAUUAUUAUUAUUCACCGAGUCAUCAUCGCUGCUCGACCACCACAGCACACCCCCUCACCACCUUCCUCCUCCUCCUCCUCAUCCACCUCCUCCUCCUCCACCGCCUCCUCCUCCUCCUCUCUCGUAUUCCGCAGGACGUCCGGUGCUGCGCGAGUCACAGCCCGUGCUGCGGGAACGGACGGCGCACGAGGGGGAUUUCUUGCACCCGCUUGGCUCCCAGGUGACGAGAUGAGCGCGCGCGGAGAGCAAGGCGGAGAGGGCGGCAGCGGCGAGGCUUCGGGCUCUCAGGAGCAGCCCGGUCCCGCGGAGCCCCCCACCAAGCGGAGACCCGGCAGACCGAGGAAGCCGCAGCAGGAACCCACGGGCGAGCCUGUCCCCAAACGACCGAGGGGCCGCCCCAAAGGAAGCAAGAACAAGGGCCCCUCCAAAGCAGCGCAGAAGAAAGCUGAGACCACGGGGGAGAAGAGACCCAGAGGAAGACCAAGGAAAUGGCCACAGCAAGUGGUCCAACAAAAGCCUGCUCAGGAAGAGGAGGAGGAGGAGGAGGCGGGGUCGCCAGAGGAGGACUAAAGAACCACAGCAUUUUACCUCUACCUCAUCCAGCUGUCAGCUCUUUCCAAGGGAAAAGACUGCCUUGACCACUUAUUGUUGACUUUCCACUCUCAUUUAAAUCGAUCAUUUUUCAUUUGUUGAUUUUGUUAGAUUUAUCAUUUUCGAUCGAUUUUUUUUUUGUUUGUUUGUUUUUAUUUCACAUUUGUUUGUUUGGAUUGAUUUUAUUUUUGUGAUGAUCACACACACAACCUCAGAGCACAAACCCGGGGAGGAAACAAAGAAACGUAAAAACAAACAAACCAAACACGAAAUAUCGAUGAUAAUUAUAGUCACGAUGCUUUUGUCCACCUCCACGUUUUGAAACUGCUGUAGACCAGAGGUACAGGGGUCAGCCGCAAAGGAUGUGCUGCUGUCGCUCCUGAGAUAUACAGAAAUACACACACACACACACACACACACUGACUCUUACGUUAACUGACUGAUUUUCCAGGCUACAUUGGCGAAGGAGAAAGUCAAACUGUCUGGUUUUGUCAUUCAAAAGUCCAGACCGUGCUGAUGUUCCUAUAGAUUUCAGGUGGAAUCUUAAACAGACACACAGAAAAAACCCUCUCACUACAGUGUCUCACCACCAAACACAGAGAAUAAAAAUGACCACUGUAGUUUUUUUCUGGCUCAGUUCUUUUCAGUUCUCUAAUAGCAGGGACCCGUUAUAUCAGCAGUCAAUAUAUAUGCUAAUAUAAAAAUGUUAAAAGAAAUAAGAAAAAAGAAAGCCUAUAGCAUGCUUAUGCUGCUUAGAACACUAGUAAAUGGACUCCUUUUGAGUCCUGUUUCAAAAAGGCUAAUUUACAGAAUUCAUAGAUCUAGUCAACAUUUCCUGAAUGGCAGCAUUUAUAAUACUUCACUACACUUAUGUAAACCUAUGAGAACCGACCUACACUAUUUCCUCAACAGUGAUUCCAAAUGUACCAAAAUAGUGUCUGGUUAAGAAGUUUCCUAAAUCCCUAAUGAGCCAUAAUAAUAUACCCCACUCUUUUUGCUAAAAUAAUCAACAAAAAUCCCCAAAACAAACAAGUAACGAAAAAUGAAUACAUUUUUAUUAUAGUGAUCUAAUUAAAAGUGAUAUAACUGGCCAUUUGUUAAGCUCUGCUCUCCCUACUGUUGCUUGGUCUGGCAAGAUUUCACAUUUGGCAUGACAGCUGUAAACUUUACAUGGUAAAUUUAGUAUAAAGUAUAAGCAAGUCUACAUAAGUUGCUUUUCUAAUUGCUAAUUGCUCUAAAUAGGGUAAAAAAUACAGUAAAAAUGUAACAAAUAUUCAAAUGCUCUUAGCUAAGCACAUUUGCUAGUUUAAAUUUACUAAUUUAGCAACCUACUUUGCAGCAGUUGGAUAUGUUCUUUGUAAUGUUUGAGGGCUUUUAUUGGUAUUACCACGUUAUAUCCAAAUCUGGAAUUAAAAUUUGGAAAUAAUUAAAAAUUAUUUAAACAUGGCAUAUUAUAAAGCUCUGAAAGCUUCCAGGAAUUAUAACAGUGAAGAACUGUUAUAAUAGCUGCUAAAACAAUUGGCUUCCACUAACAUUUAUGCUGUUAAAUCUGUGGUCCCUCUCUGUCUUUGGUGGUGAGUUUUUAAAAACAAGACACAACAUUCUCUCGUGAACCGUUAGCCAUGAUUCUGCGAGCCGCGAUUCUCCAACAGUACUAAAGAACAAUUUAUGCAUCUACUGUACAUACUUUCAUAACUACGGCAUCCUCGCAACCAUCUUACAUGUACAUAAAUGUUUUUAUUGAGUUUCUUUUUGGGCUUUUUUUUUUUGUUUUAGUUUUUUUUUAAGACAUAGCUUUAAGAUGAUGAUUUCAAUUAAAGGGAAGUACAGUCUAUCAACUCAUUCUGACUCAAGAACUGAACCUCAAGAGAAAUGAAAAAAAAAAAAAAAAAGAACACA